AUGAGGUCCAUCCGAGAGCUGGCCUGGAAAUUCAUGGAAGGAGGAGUCAAAAAGCGAGAACUGAAUGAAGAUGAUACUCUGUCAACGAAUACCGCUGGCGAGCUGUGGAACGAGGCCUUGGGCUUUUUUCGAGCCCAUCAUGAGCCUGACUCUGACUUGAUGGUUCAGAUAGAGGCAAAUUUGGAGCAUCUUUACACUGUAAAACUUCCAGACUGGGGGGCUGGUAUCAAUAUCUUGUAA